AUAAUAUUGAUACUUGAAAAAUUCAUUUGCGAAUGUCUGCUCGUUGCACUUACACUUGUUAUACUUACUUGCUAAUAAACAAAUAAUCCUGAAGAAAACCACGGGAAUGGGCGACACUGGCGAUAGCCAAGUGAGACAAGACAUGGCUGAUCCAGAAAAUGUCCAAUUUAGUGUUUCAGAUGAAAAUCGGCCAGGGGAACAAGACAGAACUGCCUCAGAAGCUGUACAAAAUGAUGACAGAGAGGAAACACAAAACAACUGCAUAAAGAGACUGCGAUCCAGCUGGCAUGCCGUUCUGAUUGGAGUUCUGACGAUGCUCCUCUGUGUUGAGACCAGCAGCCUCUUCAUUCAGAUGGAGAAAGAGCAAAGUCUGACAGCUGAGAAGACCAAGCUGAGCCUGCUCCUUAAGAACAUAUCACGAGAAAAUGCUCAGCUGAGCCUGGACCUGAAGAACGCAUUGCAAAACAAGAAACAGCUGGAAGAUGAAAACAGAGUGCUGAACAUGUUAUUCAAUUCAACAUUCCACAACCACACUGAUGGAAAACCUCAGCUACGUCUGCUCUUGAUGAACGCAUUGCAAGAGAAGAUCAAGCUGAACAUGCGCUUGAAAAAUAUGUCCCAACAAACCAGACGGCUGGAAGUGGACAACAAAGAGCUUACCACGUCUCUAAAUAUGGUGUCUGCUGAAAAUGCUCAGUUGAGCCUGGACCUGAAGAACCUAUCGCAAGAGAAGAAACACUUGGAAGAGGAGAGCAGAGAACUGAAUAGGUUUUUCAAUUCAACACUGAACAGCUGCACCAAGGAAAAAACUCAGCUUAGCCUGCUCCUGAAGAACGCUUUGCAAGAGAAAACAGAGCUGAGUCUGCUCUUGAAAAACAUGUCCCAAGAAACGAGACAGCUGGAAGUGGACAACAAAGAGCUCACUACGUCUCUAAAUUUGGUGUCUGCUGAAAAAACUCAGCUGAGCCUCGACCUGAAGAACAUGUCGCAAGAAAAUGCUCAGCUGAGCCUGAACCUGAAGAACACAUUGCAAGACAAGAAACAGCUGGAAGAGGAGAACAGAGAACUGAACAUGUUUUUUAAUUCAACACUGAAAAACUGCACUGAGGAAAAAACUCAGCUUAGCCUGCUCCUGAAGAACUUCUUGCAAGAAAAUGCUCAGCUGAGCCUGAAUCUGAAGAACAUGUCGCAAGAACAUGGCCAGCUGAGCCUGAACCUGAAGUACAUGUUGCAAGAAAAUGCUCAGCUGAGCCUGAACCUGAAGAACAUGACACAAGAAAAUGCUCAGCUGAGCCUGAACCUGAAGAACAUGACGCAAGAUAUUGCUCAGCUGAGCCUGAAUCUGAAGAACAUGACACAAGAAAAUGCUCAGCUGAGCCUGAACCUGAAGAACAUGACGCAAGACAAUGCUCAGUUGAGCCUGAACCUGAAGAACAUGUUGCAAGAAAACGCUCAGCUGAGCCUGAACCUGAAGAACACAUUGCAAGAGAAGACCAAGCUGAACCUGCACUUUAAAAACAUGUCCCAACAAAUGAGACAGCUGGAAGUGGACAACAAAGAGCUUACCAUGACUCUAAAUUUGAUGUCUGCUAAUAAGACCAAGCUAGGCCUGCGCCUGAAUGACACGUUGCAAGAGAAGAAACAGUUGGAAGAGGAGAACAGAGAACUGAACAUGUUUUUCAAUUCAACACUAAACAACCACGCUCACGAAAAAACUCAGCUGCGUCUGCUCCUGAUGAACGCAUUGCAAGAGAAGACCAAGUUGAACCUGCGCUUGCAAAACAUGUCCCGACAAAUGAGACAGCUGGAAGUGGACAACAAAGAGCUUACCACAUCUCUAAAUAUGGUGUUUGCUGAAAAAACUCAGCUGAGCCUGCUCCUGAUGAACAUGUCGCAAGAAAAUGCUCAGCUGAGCCUGAACCUGAAGAACAUGUCGCAAGAAAAUGCUCAGCUGAGCCUGAACCUGAGGAACAUGUCGCAAGAGACGACCAAGCUGAAUCUGCACUUGCAAAAUAUGUCCCAACAAACAAGACAGCUGGAAGUGGUCAACAAAGUGCUUACCACGUCUCUAAAUUUGGUGUCUGCUGAAAAGAUUCAGCUGAGCCUGCUCCUGAAGAACUUGUCCCAAGAAAAUACUCAGCUGAGCCUGAACCAGAAGAACACAUUGCAAGACAAGAAACAGUCGGAAGAGGAGAACAGAGAACUGAUCAUGUUUUUCAAUUCAACACUGAACAACCGCACUGAGGAAAACACUCGACUGAGCCUGAACCUGAAGAACAUGUCGCAAGAAAAAACUCAGCUGAGCCUGAACCUGAAGAACUUGUCACAAGAAAAUGCUCAGCUGAGCCUGAACCUGAAGAACUUGUCGCAAGAAAAUGGUCAGCUGAGCCUGAACCUGAAGAACAUGUCGCAAGAAAACGCACAGCUGAGCCUAAACCUGAAGAACAUGUCGCAAGAAAACGCACAGCUGAGCCUAAACCUGAAGAACACAUUGCAAGAGAAGACCAAGCUGAAUCUGCGCUUGCAAAAUAUAUCCCAACAAACAAGAAAGCUGGAAGUGGUCAACAAAGAGCUUACCACAUCUCUAAAUUUGGUGUCUGCUGAAAAAACUCAGCUGAGCCUGCUCCUGAAAAACUUGUCGCAAGAAAAUGCUCAGCUGAGCCUGAACCGGAAGAACACAUUGCAAGACAAGAAACAGCUGGAAGAGGAGAACAGAGAACUGAUCAUGUUUUUCAAUUCAACACUGAACAACCGCACUGAGGAAAACACUCAACUGAGCCUGAACCUGAAGAACAUGUCGCAAGAAAAUGCCCAGCUGAGCCUGAACCUGAAGAACAUGUCGCAAGAAAAUGCUCAGCUGAGCCUGAACCUGAAGAACAUGUCGCAAGAAAAUGCUCAGCUGAGCCUGAACCUGAAGAACAUUUCGCAAGAAAAUGCUCAGCUGAGCCAGAACCUGAAGAACAUGUCGCAAGAAAAUGCUCAGCUGAGCCUGAACCUGAAGAACAUGUCGCAAGAAAAUGCUCAGCUGAGCCUGAACCUGAAGAACAUGUCGCAAGAAAAUGCUCAGCUGAGCCAGAACCUGAAGAACAUUUCGCAAGAAAAUGCUCAGCUGAGCCUGAACCUGAAGAACAUGUCGCAAGAAAAUGCUCAGCUGAGCCUGAACCUCAUAAACACAUUGCAAGAGAAGACCAAGCUGAACCUGCACUUUAAAAACAUGUCCCAACAAAUUAGACAGCUAGAAGUGGACAACAAAGAGCUUACCACAUCUCUAAAUUUGGUGUCUACUGAAAAAACUCAGUUGAGCCUGAUCUUGAAGAACUUAUCACAAGAAAAUUCUCAGUUGAGCCUGAACCUGAAGAACUUGUCACAAGAAAAUGCUCAGUUGAGCCUCAGCCUGAAGAACAUAUCGCAAGAGAAGACAGAGUUGAGUCUGCUUUUAGAGAACAGAAAAACACUUUCACGCUGCAAGCCCGGCUGGGUCAAGCAUGGUACGCGCUGCUACCUCUUGUCCAGCACGACAGAGAAGUGGAAAGAGGCUCGCGGUGACUGUCUCCACAUGGCGGGUGACUUGGCUGUGGUUCGGGAUGCCCAAGAUCAGGCAUUCCUGACCACCAUGACUUUUGAGUAUGUGCAGCAGCACCCUGAAGAGGAUUUCCAUUCAGCAUGGAUUGGGUUGACUGACUCGGCAGUGGAGGGCGAGUUCUUCUGGGUCAAUGGCCAAGGAAUCCAUCCAAAUGUGAUGUUUUGGCUUCGUGGUGAGCCAAACAACGCCUUGGCUGACUGGGACAAGAGCCAAGCGGGACAGGACUGUGUUGCGAUUGUCCCUCCAAAAAACACUGAGACGAAGGAUUGGAUAAACACCUGGGAUGAUAUCAUUUGUGUCGGCAAAAGGCACUACAUAUGUGAAAGCACAGCUCCUAGUGUGACCUGACUGUCCUGGGUGAAAAAGGGUGGAAUCCACCAUGUAUAUAGUUAAUGUAAUUUUGUAUUUGACUGAUUUUUUGUACUAAUUUUUAAUUACAUAUGAAUAUUCAACUUCA